CGCCAUCAUGGUUUGGACAGUCCACUAAUGACGUCACUCAAACUCCAGCCACACCCGCUGGUAUAAGAGGCGGGAAAUGUUUUUGUUUGGCACACAGAACGACCAAUCAGAAAGAAGAAAGCGAUCAGUGGGAGGAGGGCUAAGGAAAAGAAACGGCGGGGUUCACGUGCUACUUUGGAGAAAUCUAUAUGAAUACACGCCACAUUGAAAAUGGUCUUAAACUUGAGGUAAAAAGUAAAGAUGCAUAACGAUGCAUUAAAAUAUGUUAAGAAAUAUGUCAGCAACUAUUCUGUAACAUCCCCACUAUGUAAAUUGAGCAACUCACAAAUUGAUAUUUUCAGUUAAAAAAAAGGUGGCUGAACAGCUUUUGCAGUGCAUUCACGCCAUUUCCGACAGCUGAGCGAGCUCAUGAACGCAGCGUCAUUUGCGUCAGUGUUUUCCAACAUGGCGGCCGCCCUGUCCGGCAGAUGUGGCUUCUUCGUGGAGAAAAAGAAACGUUUCUGUAAAAUGACCGUCGCAUUAGGAAAAGUGUUCUGCGGAGAACACGCAAACAUGGAGGAAGGAAGCAGCAGAAGGAUUCCAUGUCCUCUGGACCCCAAACACACUGUGAGUGAAGACAAACUGGACAAACACCUGAAGAAAUGUAACUCCAGGGAGAAAGCAAAGCCUGUUUAUUACGUGGAGAACAUAAACUCUGGAUCAACGGACGGAGAGACGCUCCAACAGGUGAGUCUGUCUGAGCGGAGCAGGGCCGAGUUACAGGCUCUGCUGGACAAACUCAAGUCUGCCGUCACAGGACUGCAGUGCGACGUGGAGGACAGCGUUCUGUCUCAUCCCGUCCUGCAGGAGGAACUCGACAACCCAAAGAACGGAGACUCCGCCCACAAACACCUGAAGCAGCAGUCCUCCCUCUUAGGUCACCUGGAGGCGCUGGGGCUGCUGGGAAGAGGGCGGUGCUUCGUGGAGUUCGGAGCAGGUCGGGGAAAACUGUCCCACUGGAUCCACGAAGCUCUGAAGACCCGAGACCAGCUGCAGGCCUGCGAUGACCUGCAGCUGCUGCUGGUGGAGCGCAGCAGCACCCGCUUCAAGGUAGAUGGGAAACAUCAGGAUACCGGAGUUCAGUUUGAGAGGCUGCAGGUCGACAUUCAACAUCUGGAUUUAAGUAAAGUGCAGCUGCUCGGACAGAAGAGGCUUCCGCUGGUCGGAGUUGGAAAACACCUGUGUGGAGCGGCGACAGAUCUGGCUCUGCGCUGUCUGUUGGAAACGCCACGAGGGAGAGGGGAGGCCGAACCACCGCGGAAACGCCUCAAAACCUCCGAACCAGACCCAGCGGACGCCGCACCGCCAGAGUCCGGUCCCGGUCCGGACCCGGGCCUCGCUCCGGUUCUGGGCCUGGCGGUGGCGCUGUGCUGCCACCAUCGCUGCGAGUGGCGCCAUUACGUCGGGCAGCAGUUCUUCCUGCAGCGGGGACUCGGAGCGGCGGAGUUCUCUGCUUUCUGUCGGAUGUCCAGCUGGGCCACCUGCGGGCUCGGCGCCGCCAACCAGGGCCGCGCCCCCCAGGGCGGGGGGCCCGACCGGGACGAAGAAGAAGAGGAGCACGCACCGGCAGAGGAGGCGGACGGCGUGGGCGGGUUCCUCUCGGCGGGGGAACGCGAGCGGGUCGGUCGCCUCUGCAAGCGUCUGAUCGACGGCGGCAGGCUUCACUUCCUGCAGACGAGAGGAUUCCACGGCAAACUCGCCCGUUACGUAAACAGUCAGGUGACUCUGGAGAACGUGGUUCUGACCGCCGUCCCCUCGGCGCCGUCCUGAAGAGACCCAGAGCCCGACCGACUCAUCCGACUCAUCCGGAAAUUCUACAAACGUAUUUUUAUUUAGAGCUAAAAGGAUCAAAUAGUUUUAAUUUUUGUAUUAAAAUGUUUUCAGUCGUGUUCAUUCUGUCUACUUUAAAAUAUAACUUCAUACAAAACACUUUGUCUGUGGCUUUCUGAAUGAAAUCUGACGUACUGCAAAAAACAAUGAACAAAAUAUUCUGUGUUCUCAGCCUCCAGAUACAGAAAUAUAAAUGAGUGCAUGAAUAUAUGAAUGCGUCUUGAAUCAGCUGCUUCUGAAUCUUCUAUGGUUUUAAAACCUGUAAUUAAGCAAUAUUUAUUUAUUUGAUGAGUGUCAGCUCUGAAACAGAAUCA